AUGGCUCGUACUAAGCAAACCGCUCGGAAAUCUACAGGAGGCAAGGCUCCUAGGAAGCAAUUGGCUACUAAAGCUGCUCGAAAAAGUGCUCCGGCUACCGGCGGCGUGAAGAAGCCUCACCGCUACCGCCCUGGCACCGUGGCUCUGCGGGAGAUCCGCCGCUACCAAAAGUCCACCGAGCUUCUUGUUCGGAAAUUGCCCUUCCAGCGGCUGGUGCGCGAGAUCGCGCAGGACUUCAAGACUGACCUGCGCUUCCAGAGCUCGGCCGUCAUGGCCUUGCAGGAGGCGAGCGAAGCCUAUCUGGUCGGGCUGUUUGAGGACACGAAUCUGUGCGCCAUCCACGCCAAGCGGGUCACCAUCAUGCCCAAGGACAUCCAGCUGGCUCGCCGCAUCCGCGGGGAGAGGUGGGGAGGGUUUUCUUAUUUUAUUGCGAUGGCUCGUACGAAGCAGACCGCUCGUAAGUCUACCGGCGGCAAGGCGCCCCGUAAGCAGCUCGCUACGAAGGCUGCCCGCAAGAGCGCGCCGGCUACCGGCGGCGUGAAGAAGCCUCACCGCUACAGGCCCGGCACCGUGGCCCUGCGGGAGAUCCGGCGCUACCAGAAGUCGACCGAGCUGCUGAUCCGCAAGCUGCCUUUCCAGCGGCUGGUGCGCGAGAUCGCGCAGGACUUCAAGACUGACCUGCGCUUCCAGAGCUCGGCCGUCAUGGCCUUGCAGGAGGCGAGCGAAGCCUAUCUGGUCGGGCUGUUUGAGGACACGAAUCUGUGCGCCAUCCACGCCAAGCGGGUCACUAUCAUGCCCAAGGACAUCCAGCUGGCUCGCCGCAUCCGCGGGGAGAGGGCUUAGACUAUUGGCUGUCUUUGACAUACCGUACCCAAAGGCUCUUUUCAGAGCCACCCACAGUUUCCCUAAAUAACUGUAGCGCUCUUUCCUGUGCUGGUGUUUUUUAAGCAAUUAAUUUCCUUAUUUGCUGCUUUUUGGGUUACUUUGCCACACACUGGCUCAAAAGUAAUGGCUGCUUCAGCCAUUUUAAAAACACUUCUGGAACAUUGCUCAGCAGCUGGUUGUCCAUUCUCAGAGUGGUCGGCUUUAGCUCAAACAGGCUCCUCAGCUGUCUAGAAAAACUGGCUUCUUUGACUUUUUGCUCACCGCUGCGGGGGGAA